AUGGAGAAUAGCAGCACACACAGCAGCAGCAACAGCGCUGCAGCAGCAGCAGCAAAUCCCUGGCUUGCUGAUGUCUUGUGGCGUCGAUGGGUCCUCUAUUCAGCUGCCGCGCUAGCGAGGAGAAAGGGGUGUUUGGGUUUGGGGGGUCCUCUAUUCAGCUGCCGCGCUAGCGAGGAGAAAGGAGUGUUUGGGUUUGGGGGUUCGCAGGUGGUUAUAUGGGACAUAGGAGACACGGACCACAUAGUCAAGGCUUUCAGCCUCUAA